AUGGCUAAUAUUUCAGUCACAAAGGCUUAUUGGGCAAGGAGAAAGGCGAGGGAAGAAGUACAUGGUAGGGCUAUUCUGCAAUAUGGCAAGCUGAGAGAUUACUAUGCAGAGAUUAUGAGGACAAAUCCUGGGUCUACUACUCAGAUUUUGGUUGACAGGGCUUCAAUUACACACGAGCCAAGGUUUAUGAGGAUGUACAUGUGUCUAGAUUCUGUUAAGCAAGGCUUCUUGGCUAGUUGCAGGCCUAUCAUAGGAGUAGAUGGCUGCCACUUGAAGGGUGAUCAUGGUCAACAACUCUUGGUGGCUGUUGGAAGAGAUCCAAAUGAUAAUUAUUUUCCAAUUGCUGUUGCUACUGUAGAGGCUGAGACUAGAGACAGUUGGGAUAGUUUAUUAACCUGUUAUUGGAUGAUAUUGGACAUGUCAGGUUUGAUGCAAGUUUUUCAAGAGAUGAUGCUAGCUUUAGAGCAUAGACUAUACUUGAGACAUCUGUAUGCCAAUUGCAAGAGAGCAUAUGGUGGUGGGACUAUUUUGAGGGACCUAAUUUUAUCAAUAGCUAAAGCUACAUAUGUGGAGGAAUGGGAGAGGAGGAUGACUCAGUUGAUGCACAUCAACCAUCAAUGCUAUGAAAAGUUAGCAUCAUUGGAUCCAAAGCUCUGGUGCAAGAGCCACUUCACGUUUCUUGCUAAGAGCGACAUGUUGAUGAAUAACAUUUCUGAAGCUUUCAAUGGUAGGAUCUUGGAGGCAAGAGACAAGCCUAUACUUACUAUAUUCGAGUGGAUUCAAUGUUAUUGGAUGUCUCGGUUUGCUAAAAAAAAAAAGAAGAAGGCCGAAAAAUAUAAGGGUACAAUCAUGCCUAAACCCAAAAAGAAGCUUAAUGUCAUUGCUAUGCGAGCUAUGGAGUGGCAAGCGAGAUGGGCUAGAGGACUGACAUACGAAAUUUCUCAUAAGAACUGGAUGAUUGUAGAGAGGUUUGUGGUUGACUUGUUGGCUGGAACGUGUAGCUGCAGAUUUUGGGGGUUAUGUGGAAUGCCCUGCUCGCAUGCUUGUUGUGCCAUAUUCGAGAAAAGGGACAAUCCAAAAGAUUAUUGCAGCAACUUCUAUAGCCCAGCAGCCUAUCUUGCAACUUAUGAGCCUGAUGUUGCUGCUGCCACUAAUGGAGAAGAUUCGGUUGGUGUUGACACUGUGCCUGCUGCUGAUAAUGCGGAAACUGUUUACACUGAUCCUGCUGCCGACAAUAGAUCCGGUGUGAAUGGGCAGAAAAAUGGGCAGGGAAGGGGUAGAGGAAGGGGUAGAGCUGCAUCUUCACAACCACUACCCACCACACCUGCAUCUUCACAACAGCUACCCACCACACCUCUUGUUGUUGCCUCUACUCAACCACCUCCCAUACUUGCAACUUCAGUGUCUCAGACUCCAACCACAGCCACCGGUGCAGUGGCUCCAACCACAGCCACCUCACAACAAGCCUUACCUCUUGAAGGGCCAACCUCCCAGCCUCUCCUAGCUAUGGCAAGUGAAAAUUCUCAGCAAAAACCUAGAGCAUCGUCUCAGCCUUUACUAAAGACAAAGGUGUUUGGUGUGAGGAGAAGUGGGCGGCUAAAGUUAGGAGUGAGGAAGGAAAAAGGGGCACCUAGUCUACAUAUAGACAUAAAUGAUGAUUGA